ACGACCUCCUUCGUUAGCUAGCUACAGAGGCUUGCGUGAGCAGUGGUCCUGGUCCCUGUGCGUGCCCUGACAAAUAGACUUCAAACAUGUAUGCCUGUGCAAAGUUUGUUACCUCACCAGCAGUGCUGCGUGGUGGAUCCAGAGUCCUGGCCCGGCCUGUGUCAGUGUCUGUAUUCAACCGACCCGAAGCCAGGAGUGACAAGGCGCUGUUGCCAGUCAGCGAGGCAUCUGCCCUGCAGGUGACCAGGGGUUUCCAGAUGAGCGCGGUGUCCCGCGACAUCGACACAGCCGCCAAGUUCAUCGGCGCUGGCGCGGCCACGGUGGGCGUGGCUGGAUCCGGGGCUGGGAUCGGGACGGUGUUCGGCAGUCUGAUCAUCGGAUAUGCCAGGAACCCCUCCCUGAAGCAGCAGCUUUUCUCCUACGCCAUCCUGGGCUUCGCUCUGUCUGAGGCCAUGGGGCUCUUCUGUCUGAUGGUGGCGUUCCUCAUCUUGUUCGCCAUGUAAUUUUUACCCCCUCCAAUCCGCCCCACACCUCCCCUGCACCGUCCAGGGAACGGAACUCAGACAUACCGCUUGAGGCCGUAGCACCGCCAUUCCAAUUCACAAUAUGACAAACUCUACCUUUUCGUUCUUUUUUCAGAAAUGUUUUAUGUAAGAUCUCACUUCAUUUUAGACAAUUUGUCUGAAUAAAUGGUUGGGAAAACUUGCCA